UCAACCACUUGUCCUCUUUCUUCAUUUGUCCCCUGCUCCUCCAAAGGUAGCAUCACGACUGACUUCCCCGAAGUAUCAGAGCAAGUACCAGGAAAGGCACAGGCAUGCAGGAGAGGCUGCACGUGUGAAUGAACUAGAGGUGGAUAUACCAUUUUUGGGACUUGCAAACGUUUUCUGAAGCGGUGAGGUGAGAUGUUCCCAUUGCCGAUGUUUACGCCAGACCAGGUGGCUCGGGUGUGUGAGAACCUGGAGGAGACCGGGGAUAUCGAUCGCCUCGGUCGUUUCCUUUGGUCCUUGCCCGCUGCUGUCCCCGGCUCUGCCGGGGAAGCGCUCAAUCGACACGAGUCAGUAAUGCGAGCUCGAGCGCUGGUCGCUUUCCACAGGGGAAACUUUGAGGCUCUUUAUCAAAUCCUCCAGAGCCACAGGUUUACACGUGAAUCUCACGCCAAGCUCCAAGACCUGUGGCUAGACGCGCACUACAGAGAGGCGGAAAGACUCCGAGGGCGGCCGCUGGGGCCGGUGGAGAAGUAUCGAAUCCGCAAAAAAUUCCCUCUGCCACGCACCAUUUGGGACGGAGAACAAAAGACACAUUGCUUCAAGGUAAAAACUCAGGAAAGAACUCGCAGCUUGUUGAGAGAGUGGUAUCUUCAAGAUCCCUACCCUAAUCCGUCCAGGAAACGCCACUUGGCCCAAGCCACAGGACUCACGCCGACACAAGUGGGUAACUGGUUCAAGAACCGGCGCCAACGAGACCGUGCUGCAUCAGCGAAGAACAGGCUCCAGCAGGAUUCUUCCCUUAUGCCUGAAGGCUCACACGAAAGCUCCCUUGAAGAGCGCCACCCCCACCCCCACAUGCUGCCCGCCUCUCCUCGCCACCUGGGCAGCCCGGAGGAGAGCGACUGCAGCACCGAAGCCGAGCGCAGAGGAACAGGAGCGUCGACUCCAGAGAUCUCCAUCAGCAGCGACAGCGAGUUUGAGUCCUGAGACUUCCGUUCCUCCAGACACCCAGGGAAAACCUUUUUUGGACGCAUGACAGUGUUUCAGACUCAAAGGAGUUUUGGCUAAGACCACUUCCAUGAUGUAUCGGAGAGAAAGACACUUAUAUGAGGAUGUAAAUGUGGGUGUGUUAUAUUAGUAUUUAGCUGAUCAUGAAUCGGCACUAUAGACUGGUAAGCAAUUAUGGGUAAAAAAUAUAUUUUAAAGCUUCAGGCAAAGUAUAUUUUUUCAAUAAUCUCAACUGAUUUUAGUAUUUUUGUUAGACAUAGGUCUUUUUGCGACUUGUGGUUUUUAAAAGCUACACCCAUUUGCUCUAAAAGUUGCAAAAACACAAUUAAUAAUGCCUUUCUUGCUUCAGUGUGAGUAUAACAACAUGCACACUAACUACUCAGGAUUGGGCGGAACAAGGAGAGUGAAUCCUGCAGGCAAAUUCUAUUUUUUUUAACAAACAAUAAAGCAAACACAUGGAAAUGUGCAGGCUUUAUAUUGAUUAGGUUUAAAUGACUUUAUUUUUAUUGAACAAGUUAGUUUUCCAGAACAACUGGGUGCUAAUGUGCAUGUGAGAAUAAUCACAAUACAUUCCACUCCUUUGACUGCCUUAAAUGGAUUUAAGGGCAGCCCUACAGUGCAAAAUUAGAUCAAUCCAAACACAAAUGAUUCUGACAACAGCCACUUCACCGAUACAAGACUCCUGAGCUGCUCUGAGCCAAUCAGGAGUCAGAGAAGAACUUAAUGCACUCAUCUGUUCAACGCUCUAUGUGCCUAUUAUUGCAUAAAACCCAGUCUGCAGCGACACUCACAGGCCUGCUGUCUGUCUUACAACCAUCACAUCUCACCACACAUGUCUACAUUGCAUUGAAACUGCAUUUUGUAAAUGUUUUUGUGUAAAUAAACAAACAUAUUUUUAUCCA